UCCCAGCCACUCUGCUCAGCCCAGAGGAGAAGCCACGCAGGAGGGAAGAAGAAGAAGAAGAAGAAGAAAAAGUUGAAGAAGUUGAACUCAACUCAGCAGCACAGAGAGAGAGAGAGAGGAGGGAGGGCGAGCGAGAGAGAGAGAGAGAAGAGGAGGGGGGGGGAGAAGAAAACGCCCUGGAAACUUUGCUUGAUCUAGGAAAAGUGACAGAAUCCCUUCAGACAGACGUCGAGAAGCGCUCUUCUUUGGGCUGGGAAGUUUCCGAGGAUGCUCCGGCUGGUGUGAGGCUUCUCAGGCGCAACCAGGGCGCGCAGAAGUCAAGAAAACAAGAUCCAACGCGUUGGACCGAAGCCCUUGGCCUCGCUCCAGCUAUCCAAGGAACAUUGAGUGUGACGUUCUUCUCCACCGGGGUUUGAACACAAGACAAACAAAACAAGAUGGCUGAAGAGGAGGAAACCAGGGAAGUGCUCUUUCCAGACUGGGAAGGCCCAGACAAAACUGGACUCACCAUCGAGCAGACAUGUGAAGGAGAGAUCUUCGUCAAAGAAGUGAAAGGAGAGUCACCUGCGGCACGGUCUGGGAAAGUAUACGAAGGUGACCAGAUUGUGGGCGCUACUAUCUAUUUUGACAAAAUGAGCUCAGAGGAAACAGCUGAUCUCCUGAAGACACUGAACCGUCACAAGGUUGGACUGAAACUACAAAACAAAGGGGACAAAUCCCCAGGCUACUCGCCCCUGAGCACACCAUGUCGCUCCCCGUUGGGUACCUUGACAUGGGAGGGCAGGGCUGCAAGCGCCAGUCCUGACAUCAUUCUUGGUGGUGAUGAGGAGGACUACAAAAGGAUUUACACAAAGAAGAUCAAACCCAGGCUUAAGUCUGAAGAACUCGGAGACGGAGUGGAUGUGCGCACAGAACGGCACAGCAGCACAAGUAGUGACGGCAGCACAAUAACAACGAUCACCCGCCGUAUCACCACCUACACUGUGGACAUGCCGACUGGCAUCAGUGAGCAAAUGGAGCUUUCAGGCCCAGAGUUCAAGGGGCUAAGGCAAGAAUCAGGGGCUGGCUCGCCUCAUUUAAAGUUGUCACAGGGCAGUCCUUCUGGUGACGUGGGAGCUGAAGGAGGGGUUUUCUCUUACAAACUAGGGGGAAAUGCAAACACUGGUAGUGGGCAUGUUUCAAUGGGAGGUAUGGGAAGUAGUGAGGUAUUCACAGCAGACAACGAAAACGGAGGGUCCGUACCAGAAAAAGGCAGGUCAAUUUAUGUGACAUCCAUAGGCAAGACACAGAAAGAUGAGGGGGCAAAGGUGAGGUUAACGGAAGUUACUGUCACUCACCCACACGCAGAGGGAUCAGGCACCAUUCACAUUCCAAAGGUCUCAAUGAGUGGAGGUUACACAAAUACUGGAAGCGACUUAAGCAUGCAAACAAAAGUUACCGAGAGCAAAUAUGUUAAAGGUCCAGAAAUGACUAUUGAGGGGAAAAAGGGGGAUUUUAAAUCACCUCAGAUAAAUGUAACAUCAUUUUCAACGAAGGGGUCAACUUUUGAAGUGGCGACUCCAAAGAUAGAGGCAAAUACUGAAGGCCAAGAAAGAAAAGGUGCAAAGGUUAGUUUAAAUAUUACCAAAGCUAACGUUUCAGGGCCGAGCAUUGACAUGCCAAAUGUGGAAUUCAAUCUAAAAAGCCCUGAACUCAAAGGUGACGUAGAUGUGUCAGUCCCACAUAUUGAAGGCGAUAUAAAAGCUCCCAAAAUUGGUAUAAAAGGCUCAAAAGUUGACAUAAAGGGAUCGAAUACUGGAAUCGAAUUUCCAAAAAUGAAAAUGCCAGGAUUCGGUUUGAAAGGUUCAAAACAAGAGGGCCAAGACAUUCAAGUGAACCUUCCAAAGGCUAAUAUUGAGGUCAAAGUCCCAGAGGUUGAUAUUGAAGGCCCUGAGUUUGAUACUGAAGGACCAGAUGUUGACAUAGACAGUCAAGGUUGGAAGAUCAAAAGACCUGAAUUCAAGAUGCCGAAAACCUCUGGAAUCAAUGUCACCAUGCCAACUGUGGAUCUGAAAGGCUCUAAGUUCAAAGGUGGUGUGUCAGUACCAACUAUUGAGGGGGAUAUAAAUGUACCAAAAGGCGAUUUAGACAUCAAAGUCCCAAAAUUGGACAUCAGAGCGCCAGAUGUUGACAUUGACGUGGGUGGGAAAAUCAAGGGACCAAAAUUCCAGACGGGUAAAAUCACAGGACCAAGCAUCUCCACGCCCAAUGUGGAUUUACAUCUGAAAGAACCUAAGGUCAAAGGUAAAGUAGAUGUGUCAUUACCAACUAUUGAGGGAGAUAUCAAAGCCCCAGAAAUUGAAAUAAAAGGUGCCAACAUUGACGUUAAGGGGCCUAACACUGGAUUUGAUUUACCAAAAGUCAAAAUGCCAAAAUUUGGCUUAAAAGGUCCGAAAGUGGCUGGUCCGGAUGUCGACAUAAACCUCUCCAAAGCUAAUAUUGAUGUCGGGAUACCUGAUGUUGACAUCCGAGGCCCAGAAUUUGAUAUCAAUCUCCCAAAAGGUGAUUUGGACCUCAAAGGUCCAAAAUUGGAUAUCGAAACACCAGAUGUUGACAUUGACAGUACCGGUUGGAAGAUUAAGGGACCUAAAUUAAAUAUGCCAAAAAUAUCUGGACCAAACAUCUCCAUGCCCAAUAUGGACUUCAAACAGAAAGGUCCAAAAGUCAAAGGUGAUGUAAAUGUAUCCAUACCAACUGUUGAAGGAGAUAUCAAAGCACCAGAAUUUGAACUAAAAGGUGCCAAAGUUGACAUUAAGGGUCCUAACACUGGAUUUGAGUUACCGAAAUUUAAAAUGCCAGGAUUUGGUGUUAAAGGACCUAAACUGGAGGGUCCAGACGUUGACAUAAACCUCCCCAAAGCUAGUAUUGAUGUCAAAGUCCCUGAUGUUGACAUUCGAGGCCCAGAAUUUGACAUCAAUCUGCCGAAAGCUGAUUUGGACAUUAAAGGUCCAAAAGUGGAUAUCGAAACACCAGAUGUUGAAAUGGACAGGUCCAGUUGGAAGAUUAAGGGACCUAAAUUAAAUAUGCCAAAAAUAUCUGGACCAAACAUCUCCAUGCCCAAUAUGGACUUCAAACUGAAAGGUCCGAAAGUCAAAGGUGAUGUAAAUGUCUCUGUACCAACUGUUGAAGGAGAUAUCAAAGCACCAGAAGUUGAACUAAAAGGUGCCAAAGUUGACAUUAAGGGCCCUAACACUGGAUUUGAGUUACCGAAAUUUAAAAUGCCAGGAUUUGGUGUUAAAGGACCUAAACUGGAGGGUCCAGAUGUUGACAUAAAUCUCCCCAAAGCUAAUAUUGAUGUCAAAGUCCCUGAUGUUGACAUUCAAGGCCCAGAAUUUGACAUCAAUCUGCCGAAAGCUGAUUUGGAUAUUAAAGGUCCAAAAUUGGAUAUCGAAACACCAGAUGUUGACAUUGACAGUACCGGUUGGAAGAUUAAGGGACCUAAAUUAAAUAUGCCAAAAAUCUCAGCACCAAACAUCUCCAUGCCCAAUAUGGACUUCAAACUGAAAGGUCCGAAAGUCAAAGGUGAUGUAAAUGUCUCUGUACCAACUGUCGAAGGAGAUAUCAAAGCACCAGAAGUUGAACUAAAAGGUGCCAAAGUUGACAUUAAGGGCCCUAACACUGGAUUUGAGUUACCAAAAUUCAAAAUGCCAGGAUUUGGUGUUAAAGGACCUAAACUGGAGGGUCCAGACGUUGACAUAAACCUCCCCAAAGCUAAUAUUGAUGUCAAAGUCCCUGAUGUUGACAUUCAAGGCCCAGAAUUUGACAUCAAUCUGCCGAAAGCUGAUUUGGAUAUUAAAGGUCCAAAAUUGGAUAUCGAAACACCAGAUGUUGACAUGGACAGUACCGGUUGGAAGAUUAAAGGACCUAAAUUAAAUAUGCCAAAAAUCUCAGCACCAAACAUCUCCAUGCCCAAUAUGGACUUCAAACUGAAAGGUCCGAAAGUCAAAGGUGAUGUAAAUGUCUCUGUACCAACUGUCGAAGGAGAUAUCAAAGCACCAGAAGUUGAACUAAAAGGUGCCAAAGUUGACAUUAAGGGCCCUAACACUGGAUUUGAGUUACCAAAAUUCAAAAUGCCAGGAUUUGGUGUUAAAGGACCUAAACUGGAGGGUCCAGACGUUGACAUAAACCUCCCCAAAGCUAAUAUUGAUGUCAAAGUCCCUGAUGUUGACAUUCAAGGCCCAGAAUUUGACAUCAAUCUGCCGAAAGCUGAUUUGGAUAUUAAAGGUCCAAAAUUGGAUAUCGAAACACCAAAUGUUGACAUGGACAGUACCGGUUGGAAGAUUAAAGGACCUAAAUUAAAUAUGCCAAAAAUCUCAGCACCAAACAUCUCCAUGCCCAAUAUGGACUUCAAACUGAAAGGUCCGAAAGUCAAAGGUGAUGUAAAUGUCUCUGUACCAACUGUCGAAGGAGAUAUCAAAGCACCAGAAGUUGAACUAAAAGGUGCCAAAGUUGACAUUAAGGGCCCUAACACUGGAUUUGAGUUACCGAAAUUUAAAAUGCCAGGAUUUGGUGUUAAAGGACCUAAACUGGAGGGUCCAGACGUUGACAUAAACCUCCCCAAAGCUAAUAUUGAUGUCAAAGUCCCUGAUGUUGACAUUCAAGGCCCAGAAUUUGACAUCAAUCUGCCGAAAGCUGAUUUGGAUAUUAAAGGUCCAAAAUUGGAUAUCGAAACACCAGAUGUUGACAUGGACAGUACCGGUUGGAAGAUUAAAGGACCUAAAUUAAAUAUGCCAAAAAUCUCAGCACCAAACAUCUCCAUGCCCAAUAUGGACUUCAAACUGAAAGGUCCGAAAGUCAAAGGUGAUGUAAAUGUCUCUGUACCAACUGUCGAAGGAGAUAUCAAAGCACCAGAAGUUGAACUAAAAGGUGCCAAAGUUGACAUUAAGGGCCCUAACACUGGAUUUGAGUUACCGAAAUUUAAAAUGCCAGGAUUUGGUGUUAAAGGACCUAAACUGGAGGGUCCAGAUGUUGACAUAAACCUUCCCAAAGCUAAUAUUGAUGUCAAAGUCCCUGAUGUUGACAUUCAUGGCCCAAAAGUUGAUAUUAAUCUGCCCAAAGCUGAUUUGGACAUCAAAGGUCCGAAAUUGGAUAUUGAAACACCUGAUGUUGACAUUGACAGACCCGGUUGGAAGAUUAAGGGACCUAAAUUAAAUAUGCCAAAAAUAUCUGGACCAAACAUCUCCAUGCCCAAUAUGGACUUCAAACUGAAAGGCCCAAAGGUCAAAGGAGAUGUAGAUGUGUCAGUGCCAACUAUUGAAGGAGAUAUAAAAGCACCAGGAUUGGAUAUUGAAGGUCCAAAAGCAGACUUGAAAGGACCAAAUAUUGGAUUUGAGUUACCGAAAUUUAAAAUGCCAGGAUUUGGCUUUAAAGGACCUAAACUGGAGGGUCCAGAUGUUGACAUAAACCUCCCCAAAGCUAAUAUUGAUGUCAAAGUUCCUGAUGUUGACAUUCACGGCCCAAAAGUUGAUAUCAAUCUGCCCAAAGCUGAUUUGGACAUCAAAGGUCCAAAAUUGGAUAUCGAAACACCUGAUGUUGACAUUGACAGUCCCGGUUGGAAGAUUAAGGGGCCUAAAUUAAAUAUGCCAAAAAUAUCUGGACCAAACAUCUCCAUGCCCAAUAUGGACUUCAAACUGAAAGGCCCAAAAGUCAAAGGAGAUGUAGAUGUGUCAGUGCCAACUAUUGAAGGAGAUAUAAAAGCACCAGGAUUGGAUAUUGAAGGUCCAAAAGCAGACUUGAAAGGACCUAAUAUUGGAUUUGAGUUACCGAAAUUUAAAAUGCCAGGAUUUGGCUUUAAAGGACCUAAACUGGAGGGUCCAGAUGUUGACAUAAACCUCCCCAAGGCUAAUAUUGAUGUCAAAGUUCCUGAUGUUGACAUUCACGGCCCAAAAGUUGAUAUCAAUCUGCCCAAAGCUGAUUUGGACAUCAAAGGUCCAAAAUUGGAUAUCGAAACACCAGAUGUUGACAUUGACAGUCCCGGUUGGAAGAUUAAGGGACCUAAAUUAAAUAUGCCAAAAAUAUCUGGACCAAACAUCUCCAUGCCCAAUAUGGACUUCAAACUGAAAGGCCCAAAGGUCAAAGGAGAUGUAGAUGUGUCAGUACCAACUAUUGAAAGAGAUCUAAAAGCACCAGAAAUUGAUAUUAAAGGCCCAAGUGCUGACAUUAAGGGGCAUGUUGACAUCCCUAGUCCUACUGGUAAGAUCAAAGGACCUAAAUUUAAGAUGCCAAAACUUACAGGACCUCACAUAUCUCUGCCAGAUGUGAAUUUCAAUCUGAAAGGCCCAAAAGUCAAAGGUGAUGUAGAUGUGUCAGUACCAAACAUCGAGGGAGACAUAAAAGCACCAGAACUUGACAUCAAAGGUAAAAAAGUUGAUGUGAAAGGUCCUUCAAUUGGUUUUGGAUUACCUAAAUUCAAAAUGCCAGAAUUUGGAUUUAAAAGCCCAAAACUGGAGAGUCCUGAAGUUGCUGUGAAACUUCCAAAGAGUGAUAUUUCCAUCAAGGUCCCCGAUGUUGACAUUGAAGCUCCAAAACUGGACAUCAAAGGACCAGAUUUUGACAUAGACACUCCAAGUGGGAAGAUCAAAGGACCAAAAUUCAAGAUGCCAAAAAUCUCAGGCCCACAUAUCUCCAUGCCCGAUGUGGAUUUCAAUAUGAAGGGUCCUAAACUCAAAGGUGAUGUAGAUGUUUCGGUGCCAACAAUUGAAGGAGAUAUCAAAGCACCAGGAAUUGACAUAAAAGGCCCAAAUGUUGACAUUAAGGGGCAUAAGGCUGGAUUUGAACUACCAAAAAUGAAAAUGCCAGAUUUCGGCUUCAAAGGUCCGAAACUAGAGGGGCCUGACAUUGAUGUCAACCUUCCAAAGGCUAAUUUUGAUGUCAAUGUGCCUAAUGUUGAUAUUCAAGGUCCAGGAGUUGAUAUCAAUCUGCCGAAAGCUGAUUUGGACGUCAAAGGUCCUAAAGUGGACAUUGAAGGACCAGAUAUCGACAGUCCCAGUUGGAAGCUCAAGGGGCCUAACUUUAAGAUGCCAAAAAUAUCAGGCCCCAACAUCACCAUGCCAAACCUAGACUUCCAUCUUAAAGGCCCAAAAGUCAAAGGUGAUGUAGAUGUGUCAGUACCAACUAUUGAAGGAGAAAUAAACGCACCAGAAGUGGAUAUCAAAGGCCCAAAAGUUGACAUCAAGGGGCCUAAGGCUGGAUUUGAAUUACCAAAAAUGAAAAUGCCCGAUUUCGGCUUCAAGGGUCCAAAACUAGAGGGUCCUGACAUUGACGUCAACCUUCCAAAGGCUAAUGUUGAUGUCAAUCUUCCAAAAGCCGAUUUGGACAUCAAAGGCCCUAAAGUGGACAUUGAAGGACCAGAUAUUGACAGUCCCAGUUGGAAGCUCAAAGGGCCUAACUUUAAGAUGCCAAAAAUAUCAGGCCCCAACAUCACCAUGCCGAACUUAGACUUCCAUCUUAAAGGCCCACAACUUAAAGGUGAUGUAGAUGUGUCAGUACCAACUAUUGAAGGAGAUAUCAACGCACCAGGAAUUGACAUAAAAGGCCCAAAAGUUGACAUUAAAGGGCCUAAAGCUGGAUUUGAAUUACCAAAAAUGAAAAUGCCAGAUUUCGGCUUCAAGGGUCCAAAACUAGAGGGUCCUGACAUCGACGUCAACCUUCCAGAGGCUAAUAUUGAUGUCAAUCUUCCAAAAGCUGAUUUGGACAUCAAAGGUCCUAAAGUGGACAUUGAAGGACCAGAUAUCGACAGUCCCAGUUGGAAGCUCAAGGGGCCUAACUUUAAGAUGCCAAAAAUAUCAGGCCCCAACAUCACCAUGCCAAACCUAGACUUCCAUCUUAAAGGCCCAAAAGUGAAAGGUGAUGUAGAUGUGUCAGUACCAACUAUUGAAGGAGAUAUCAACGCACCAGGAAUUGACAUAAAAGGCCCAAAGGUUGACAUUAAGGGGCCUAAAGCUGGAUUUGAAUUACCAAAAAUGAAAAUGCCAGAUUUCGGCUUCAAGGGUCCAAAACUAGAGGGUCCUGACAUCGACGUCAACCUUCCAGAGGCUAAUAUUGAUGUCAAUCUUCCAAAAGCUGAUUUGGACGUCAAAGGUCCUAAAGUGGACAUUGAAGGACCAGAUAUCGACAGUCCCAGUUGGAAGCUCAAGGGGCCUAACUUUAAGAUGCCAAAAAUAUCAGGCCCCAACAUCACCAUGCCAAACCUAGACUUCCAUCUUAAAGGCCCAAAAGUCAAAGGUGAUGUAGAUGUGUCAGUACCAACUAUUGAAGGAGAUAUCAACGCACCAGGAAUUGACAUAAAAGGCCCAAAAGUUGACAUUAAGGGGCCUAAAGCUGGAUUUGAAUUACCAAAAAUGAAAAUGCCAGAUUUCGGCUUCAAGGGUCCAAAACUAGAGGGUCAUGACAUCGACGUCAACCUUCCAGAGGCUAAUAUUGAUGUCAAUCUUCCAAAAGCUGAUUUGGACAUCAAAGGUCCUAAAGUGGACAUUGAAGGACCAGAUAUCGACAGUCCCAGUUGGAAGCUCAAGGGGCCUAACUUUAAGAUGCCAAAAAUAUCAGGCCCCAACAUUACCAUGCCAAACCUAGACUUCCAUCUUAAAGGCCCAAAAGUGAAAGGUGAUGUAGAUGUGUCAGUACCAACUAUUGAAGGAGAUAUCAACGCACCAGGAAUUGACAUAAAAGGCCCAAAGGUUGACAUUAAGGGGCCUAAAGCUGGAUUUGAAUUACCAAAAAUGAAAAUGCCAGAUUUCGGCUUCAAGGGUCCAAAACUAGAGGGUCCUGACAUCGACGUCAACCUUCCAGAGGCUAAUAUUGAUGUCAAUCUUCCAAAAGCUGAUUGGGACAUCAAAGGUCCUAAAGUGGACAUUGAAGGACCAGAUAUCGACAGUCCCAGUUGGAAGCUCAAGGGGCCUAACUUUAAGAUGCCAAAAAUAUCAGGCCCCAACAUCACCAUGCCAAACCUAGACUUCCAUCUCAAAGGCCCAAAACUCAAAGGUGAUGUAGAUGUGUCAGUACCAACUAUUGAAGGAGAUAUCAACGCACCAGGAAUUGACAUUAAAGGCCCAAAAGUUGACAUUAAGGGGCCUAAAGCUGGAUUUGAAUUACCAAAAAUGAAAAUGCCCCAAUUUGGUUUCAAAGGUUCAAAGAUCGAAGGUCCGGACAUUGAUGUGGACCUUCCAGAGGCUAAUAUUGAUGUCAAUCUUCCAAAAGCUGAUUUGGACAUCAAAGGUCCUAAAGUGGAGAUUGAAGGACCAGAUAUCGACAGUCCCAGUUGGAAGCUCAAGGGGCCUAACUUUAAGAUGCCAAAAAUAUCAGGCCCCAACAUCACCAUGCCAAACGUAGACUUCCAUCUUAAAGGCCCAAAAGUCAAAGGUGAUGUAGAUGUGUCAGUACCAACUAUUGAAGGAGAUAUCAACGCACCAGGAAUUGACAUAAAAGGCCCAAAAGUUGACAUUAAGGGGCCUAAAGCUGGAUUUGAAUUACCAAAAAUGAAAAUGCCAGAUUUCGGCUUCAAGGGUCCAAAACUAGAGGGUCCUGACAUCGACGUCAACCUUCCAGAGGCUAAUAUUGAUGUCAAUCUUCCAAAAGCUGAUUUGGACAUCAAAGGUCCUAAAGUGGACAUUGAAGGACCAGAUAUUGACAGUCCCAGUUGGAAGCUCAAGGGGCCUAACUUUAAGAUGCCAAAAAUAUCAGGCCCCAACAUCACCAUGCCAAACCUAGACUUCCAUCUUAAAGGCCCAAAAGUGAAAGGUGAUGUAGAUGUGUCAGUACCAACUAUUGAAGGAGAUAUCAACGCACCAGGAAUUGACAUAAAAGGCCCAAAAGUUGACAUUAAGGGGCCUAAAGCUGGAUUUGAAUUACCAAAAAUGAAAAUGCCCCAAUUUGGUUUCAAAGGUUCAAAGAUCGAAGGUCCGGACAUUGAUGUGGACCUUCCCCAGGGUAAUAUUGAUGUCAAUCUUCCAAAAGCUGAUUUGGACAUCAAAGGUCCUAAAGUGGACAUUGAAGGACCAGAUAUUGACAGUCCCAGUUGGAAGCUCAAGGGGCCUAACUUUAAGAUGCCAAAAAUAUCAGGCCCCAACAUCACCAUGCCAAACCUAGACUUCCAUCUUAAAGGCCCAAAACUCAAAGGUGAUGUAGAUGUGUCAGUACCAACUAUUGAAGGAGAUAUCAACGCACCAGGAAUUGACAUUAAAGGCCCAAAAGUUGACAUUAAGGGGCCUAAAGCUGGAUUUGAAUUACCAAAAAUGAAAAUGCCCCAAUUUGGUUUCAAAGGUUCAAAGAUCGAAGGUCCGGACAUUGAUGUGGACCUUCCCCAGGGUAAUAUUGAUGUCAAGGUUCCUGCGGUUGAUGUCAGUCUUCCAAAAGCUGAUUUGGACAUCAAAGGCCCUAAGGUGGACAUUCAAGGACCAGACAUUGACAGUUCCAGUUGGAAGUUUAAAGGACCUAAUUUUAAGAUGCCAAAAAUCUCAGGCCCAAGCAUAUCCAUGCCAGAUGUGGAUUUCAAUAUGAAAAGCCCUAAACUCAAAGGUGAUGUAGAUGUGUCAGUGCCAACAAUUGAAGGAGAUAUCAACGCACCAGGAAUUGACAUAAAAGGCCCAAAAGUUGACAUUAAGGGGCCUAAAGCUGGAUUUGAAUUACCAAAAAUGAAAAUGCCCGAUUUCGGCUUCAAGGGUCCAAAACUAGAGGGCCCUGACAUUGACGUCAACCUUCCAAAGGCUAAAAUUGAUGUCAAGGUCCCAGAGGUUGACAUUAAAGGCCCUAAAGUGGACAUUGAAGGACCAGAUAUCGACAGUCCCAGUUGGAAGCUCAAGGGGCCUAACUUUAAGAUGCCAAAAAUAUCAGGCCCCAACAUCACCAUGCCAAACCUAGACUUCCAUCUUAAAGGCCCAAAAGUCAAAGGUGAUGUAGAUGUGUCAGUACCAACUUUUGAAGGAGAAAUAAACUCACCAGAAGUGGAUAUCAAAGGCCCAAAAGUUGACAUCAAGGGGCCUAAGGCUGGAUUUGAAUUACCAAAAAUGAAAAUGCCAGAUUUCGGCUUAAAGGGUCCAAAACUAGAGGGCCCUGACAUUGACAUUAAAGGCCCUAAUGUUGAUGUCAAUCUUCCAAAAGCUGAUUUGGACAUCAAAGGUCCUAAAGUGGACAUUGAAGGACCAGAUAUCGACAGUCCCAGUUGGAAGCUCAAGGGGCCUAACUUUAAGAUGCCAAAAAUAUCAGGCCCCAACAUCAACAUGCCAAACCUAGACUUCCAUCUUAAAGGCCCAAAACUCAAAGGUGAUGUAGAUGUGUCAGUACCAACUAUUGAAGGAGAUAUCAACGCACCAGGAAUUGACAUAAAAGGCCCAAAAGUUGACAUUAAGGGGCCUAAAGCUGGAUUUGAAUUACCAAAAAUGAAAAUGCCCCAAUUUGGUUUCAAAGGUUCAAAGCUUGAAGGUCCGGACAUUGAUGUGGACCUUCCUCAGGGUAAUAUUGAUGUCAAGGUUCCUGAGGUUGAUGUCAGUCUUCCAAAAGCUGAUUUGGACAUCAAAGGCCCAAAGGUGGACAUUCAAGGACCAGAUAUUGACAGUUCCAGUUGGAAGUUUAAAGGACCUAAUUUUAAGAUGCCAAAAAUCUCAGGCCCAAGCAUAUCCAUGCCAGAUGUGGAUUUCAAUAUGAAAAGCCCUAAACUCAAAGGUGAUGUAGAUGUGUCAGUGCCAACAAUUGAAGGAGAUAUAAAAGCACCCGGAAUUGACAUAAAAGGCCCAAAUGUUGACAUUAAGGGGCACAAGGCUGGAUUUGAAUUACCAAAAAUGAAAAUGCCAGAUUUCGGCUUCAAGGGUCCAAAACUAGAGGGCCCUGACAUUGACAUUAAAGGCCCUAAUGUUGAUGUCAAUCUUCCAAAAGCUGAUUUGGACAUCAAAGGUCCAAAAGUGGACAUUGAAGGACCAGAUAUCGACAGUCCCAGUUGGAAGCUCAAGGGGCCUAACUUUAAGAUGCCAAAAAUAUCAGGCCCCAACAUCACCAUGCCAAACCUAGACUUCCAUCUUAAAGGCCCAAAACUUAAAGGUGAUGUAGAUGUGUCAGUGCCAACUAUUGAAGGAGAUAUCAACGCACCAAGAAUUGACAUAAAAGGCCCAAAAGUUGACAUUAAAGGGCCUAAAGCUGGAUUUGAAUUACCAAAAAUGAAAAUGCCCCAAUUUGGUUUCAAAGGUUCAAAGCUCGAAGGUCCGGACAUUGAUGUGGACCUUCCUCAGGGUAAUAUUGAUGUCAAGGUUCCUGAGGUUGAUGUCAGUCUUCCAAAAGCUGAUUUGGACAUCAAAGGCCCAAAGUUGGACAUUCAAGGACCAGAUAUUGACAGUUCCAGUUGGAAGUUUAAAGGACCUAAUUUUAAGAUGCCAAAAAUCUCAGGACCAAACAUCUCCAUGCCCGAUGUGGAUUUUGAUAUGAAAGGCCCUAACCUCAAAGGUGAUGUAGAUGUUUCGGUGCCAACAAUUGAAGGAGAUAUCAAAGCACCAGGACUUAAUAUAAAAAGCCCAAAUGUUGACAUUAAGGGGCCUAAGGCUGGAUUUGAAUUGCCAAAAAUGAAAAUGCCAGAUUUUGGCUUCAAGGGUCCAAAACUAGAGGGCCCUGACAUUGACAUUGACCUUCCCAAGGCUAAUAUUGAUGUCAAGGUUCCCAAAGUGGAUGUCAGUCUUCCAAAUACUAAUUUGGACAUCAAAGGCCCUGAGGUGGACAUUGAAGGACCAGAUAUCGACAGUCCCAGUUGGAAGCUAAAGGGGCCUAAUUUUAAGAUGCCAAAAAUAUCAGGCCCCAACAUCACCAUGCCAAACCUAGACUUUGAUUUUAAAGGCCCAAAACUAAAGGGUGAUGCAGGUGUGUCAGUACCAACCAUUGAAGGAGAAAUAAACGCACCAGAAGUAGAUAUCAAAGGCCCAAAAGUUGACAUCAAGGGACCGAAGACAGGAUUCGAAUUACCAAAAAUAAAAAUGCCCCAAUUUGGUUUAAAAGGUACAAAGCUUGAAGGUCCGGACAUUGAUGUGGACCUUCCUCAGGCUAGUAUUGAUGUGAAUGUCCCUGGGGUUGAUAUCAGUCUUCCAAAAACUGAUUUGGACAUCAAAGGACCAAAUGUUGACAUUGACAGUGGUAAGAUCAAGGGGCCAAAAUUGAAGAUACCAAAACUUUCAGGACCAAACAUCACUUUGCCAGAUGUGGAUUUUCAUCUAAAAGGUCCUAAAGGCAAAGGUGGUACAGUUGUGUCAGAUUUUGGCGUCAAAGGUCCCAAAGUAGAAGGACCAGAAGUUGACAUAAGCCUUCCAAAAUUCAAGGGUGAUGUUGAAGGAAACAUUCAAUUACCAAAAGCUGAACUUGACGUCGCAGAUGUCACGCUUGAAGUUCCUGAAAUCAGCGGUAAGAAAUCGAAAUUCAAAAUGCCAAAGUUUGGAUUCCGGGGUCCAAAGAAAGGUAAAGUUGAUAUAAAAGUACCAGGCGUUGCCGUAAAAGGUCCCAAGUUGGAGACUCCUGAUGUUAAGGCAAAUGUUGAUGUUGACAUUGACAGUAAGAUCAAGGGACCAAAAUUCAAGAUGCCAGAUGUGGACUUCCAUCUGAAAGGCCCUAAAAUGACAGGCGAUUUGAACAUGUCAGUACCAAAUAUUGAGGGAGAUAUCAAAGGACCCUCAAUUGAUAUCAAAGGUCCAGAAGGUGACAUCAAAGGACCAAGUGCUGGAUUUGAAAUGCCAAAAUUCAAGAUGCCACAAUUUGGAUUAAAAGGUCCACAAUUACAGGGUCCUGACAUUGAUAUAGACCUUCCCAAAGCUAAUAUUAAUGCUAAGAUCCCUGAGGUUGGCCUUCAAGGCCCUGAAUUUGAUGUCAGUCUUCCGAAAGCUGAUUUGAACAUCAAAAGCCCUAAGGUAGACAUCCAAGGACCAGAUGUUGACAUGGACAGUCCCAGUUGGAAACUCAAGGGGCCUAAUUUUAAGAUGCCAAAAAUCUCAGGCCCAAGCAUAUCCAUGCCAGAUGUGGAUUUCAAUAUGAAAAGUCCUAAACUCAAAGGUGAUGUAGAUGUGUCAGUGCCAACAAUUGAAGGAGAUAUCAAAGCACCAGGAAUUGACAUAAAAGGCCCAAAUGUUGACAUUAAGGGGCAUAAGGCUGGAUUUGAAUUACCAAAAAUGAAAAUGCCAGGUUUUGGCUUCAAGGGUCCAAAACUAGAGGGCCCUGACAUUGACGUCAGCCUUCCAAAGGCUAAUAUUGAUGUCAAGGUCCCUAAUGUUGAUGUCAAUCUUCCAAAAGCUGAUUUGGACAUCAAAGGCCCUAAAGUGGACAUUGAAGGACCAGAUGUUGACAUGGACAGUCCGAGUUGGAAACUCAAGGGGCCUAAUUUUAAGAUGCCAAAAAUCUCAGGCCCAAGCAUAUCCAUGCCGGAUGUGGAUUUCAAUAUGAAAAGCCCUAAACUCAAAGGUGAUGUAGAUGUGUCAGUGCCAACAAUUGAAGGAGAUAUCAAAGCACCAGGAAUUGACAUAAAAGGCCCAAAUGUUGACAUUAAGGGGCACAAGGCUGGAUUUGAAUUACCAAAAAUGAAAAUGCCAGGUUUUGGCUUCAAGGGUCCAAAACUAGAGGGCCCUGACAUUGAUGUCAACCUUCCAAAGGCUACUAUUGAUGUCAAGGUCCCUAACGUUGAUGUCAAUCUUCCAAAAGCUGAUUUGGACAUCAAAGGCCCUAAAGUGGACAUUGAAGGACCAGAUGUUGACAUGGACAGUCCGAGUUGGAAACUCAAAGGGCCUAAUUUUAAGAUGCCAAAAAUCUCAGGCCCAAGCAUAUCCAUGCCAGAUGUGGAUUUCAACAUGAGAGGCCCUACACUCAAAGGUGAUGUAGAUGUGUCAGUGCCAACAAUUGAAGGAGAUAUCAAAGCACCAGGAAUUGACAUAAAAGGCCCAAAUGUUGACAUUAAGGGGCACAAGGCCGGAUUUGAAUUACCAAAAAUGAAAAUGCCAAGUUUUGGCUUCAAGGGUCCAAAACUAGAGGGCCCUGACAUUGACGUCAACCUUCCAAAGGCUAAUAUUGAUGUCAAUCUUCCAAAAGCUGAUUUGGACAUCAAAGGCCCUAAAGUGGACAUUGAAGGACCAGAUGUUGACAUGGACAGUCCGAGUUGGAAGAUAAAGGGACCAAAUUUUAAGAUGCCAAAAAUCUCAGGUCCAAAUAUCUCCAUGCCCGAUGUAAAUUUUAAUAUGAAAGGCCCUAAACUCAAAGGUGAUGUAGAUGUGUCAGUUCCAACAAUGAAAGGAGACAUCGAAGCACCAGGAAUUGACAUAAAAGGCCCAAAUGUUGACAUUAAGGGGCACAAGGCUGGAUUUGAAUUACCAAAAAUGAAAAUGCCAGGUUUUGGCUUCAAGGGUCCAAAACUAGAGGGCCCUGACAUUGACGUCAACCUUCCAAAGGCUAAUAUUGAUGUCAAUCUUCCAAAAGCUGAUUUGGACAUCAAAGGCUCUAAAGUGGACAUUGAAGGACCAGAUGUUGACAUGGACAGUCCGAGUUGGAAGAUAAAGGGACCAAAUUUUAAGAUGCCAAAAAUCUCAGGUCCAAAUAUCUCCAUGCCCGAUGUAAAUUUUAAUAUGAAAGGCCCUAAACUCAAAGGUGAUGUAGAUGUGUCAGUUCCAACAAUGAAAGGAGACAUCGAAGCACCAGGAAUUGAUAUAAAAGGCCCAAAUGUCGACAUUAAGGGGCAUAAAUCUGGAUUUGGAUUACCCAAAAUGAAAAUGCCAGAGUUCGGCUUCAAGGGUCCAAAACUAGAGGGCCCUGACAUUGACGUCAACCUUCCAAAGGCUAAUAUUGAUGUCAAGGUCCCAGAGGUUGACAUUAAAGGCCCUAAUGUUGAUGUCAGUCUUCCAAAAGCUGAUUUAGAUAUCAAAGGACCUAAAGUGGACUUUGAAGGACCAGAUGUUGACAUCAACAGUCCCAGUUGGAAGCUCAAGGGACCUAAUAUAAAAAUGCCAAAAAUCUCAGGGCCCAACAUCAAUAUGCCAAAUCUGGACUUCAAUCUUAAAGGCCCAAAACUCAAAGGUGAUGUGGAUGUGUCAGUACCAACUUUGGAAGGAGAUAUAAAUACACCAGAAGUGGAUAUCAAAGGCCCGAAGAUUGACAUUGAGGGACCGAAGACAGGAUUUGAACUUCCAAGUAUAAAAAUGCCACAAUUUGGUUUCAAAGGUUCAAAUGUCAAAGGUCCAGGUAUUGAUGUCAAGGUCCCUAAUGUUGAUGUCAAUCUUCCAAAAGCUGAUUUGGACAUCAAAGGCCCUAAAGUGGACAUUGAAGGACCAGAUGUUGACAUGGACAGUCCCAGUUGGAAAAUCAAGGGACCAAAAUUCAAGAUGCCAAAAAUCACAGGACCAAACAUAUCGAUGCCCGAUGUGGAUUUUAAUAUGGAAGGCCCUAAACUCAAGGGUGAUAUAGAUGUGUCCGUACCAAACAUAGAAGGGGAUAUAAAAGUACCAGCAGUGGAUGUCAAAGGUCCAAAGGUUCACAUUGAGAACCCUACGACUGGAAUUUCCUUUCCAAAAUUUAAAAUGCCUGAAUUUGGCCUUAAAAGUCCAAAUCUGGAAGGUCCGAACAUUGACGUCGACCUUCCAAAGGCUAAUAUUGAUAUCAAGGUUCCAAAGGUCGACAUAAAAGGACCAGAUGUUGACAUUGGCAGCCCGAGUGGUAAUAUCAAGGGACCUAAAUUAAAGCUCCCAGGAGGAAAAAUCACAAUGCCAAAAGUUGAUUUAAAUGUGAAAAAUCCUGGCCUCAAAGGUAAUAUGGAUGUGACAGCACCACAUUUUGGUGGAAAAAUAAAAACACCAGAAUUAGACUUAAAAAGUCCAGGAGUUGACAUCAAAGGCUCUAGGGGUGAAUUUGAAGGUCCCAGUAUCAAAGGAAAUGUGGAUGCUUCCUAUCCUGAUGUAGAUGUUAACAUCAAAGGGAAAAAGGGUAAAUUCAAACUUCCUAAAGUCACGGGAAAGGGAAAGAAAUCACAUUUUGAGACCGAAACACCAACAAUUGACGUAGAUGUAGAUACACCUAAAAUUAAUGUCCACGGAACAAAAGUUAAAAAGCCACUCUUUGGUAAGCUACAUUUUCCUGAUGUGGAAUUUGAUAUCAAAUCCCCAAAAGUGAAAGGUGAUGGAUCUUUAUCUGAGGAGCUGAAAUCCCCCAACAUUGGCUUACAUGGUUCUCUUAGCAACAGUCAGGACUUUACCCUUGAAGGCUCAGAUGUGACAUUAAAAGCACCCCAAAUCAGAAUGUCAAGCUUUGAAUCCGACAGCGCGAUCGGUGGCCUUCGAUAUCCAGAGGGUACAGUGAAAUUUCCAAAGCUCAAGAUUCCAAGGUUCGGUUUUAGUCUGCCCCACUUUGAGGACCAGGCAGGUGGUGGAAAGGUUGCGGCUAGUGGAGAGCUUCACGGCUCACAGAGCAUCGCAGCUUCUAGUCCGGAAAUAAGGCAAAGUGAAGGAAAAAUAAAGGUUAAGAUACCAAAUUUUUUUGGAAAAUCAAAAGCAAAGGGCCGGAGUGCAGGUGACCUUCGGGGAUCAGAGGUAGAACUGAGUACAGGUGGAAAAGGCAAGGUCUCGAAAGAAUUCAGUGUACAUAGUGUAGAGGGGAAGUUACAUUUAGAGGGUGAUGCUGGACUCAGUGUUUCGCCCAAAAGCAAGUCUGCGUCACUGGAUCUUUACAAAAAGUCAAGGCAUCGCUCUUCGAGCGAUGAGGGUGGGCUCACAGUUCGUUCCCCUUCGGGACACCUCGAAGCGGAGGGCGCUGAUAUUUCACUCGACCUUAAAGGAACAAAGAUCAAAGGAAAGAAAGGCAAGUUGAAGUUUGGCACCUUUGGGGGUCUGGGUUCCAAGUCCAAGGGCUCGUAUGAAGUGACGUACGGUGAGGGUAGUGCAGAGGGAGUGGAGGGAAGCGCGGGCGUGUCGUUGACCACGCCCAAAUCGAGGCUGUCGUCGACGUCGUCGUCGUCCAGCAGUGACAUUGGGGCAAAGGGUGCGUUCAAAUUCCCUAAAAUUGAACUCUCUGUAUCACCAAAAGACGAAUAAUCAAUUGAUCAACUAAAUACGUUCUUUCCGUACGGGAAAUACGUCAAAGCCAGAGAGAAAAUUAAUACAAGUCAUCUCAUAAGCGACAUAGGAGAACGUACAAAGCCCCGUCAAACUGUAAAUAAGAUCAAAAUGUAUUGAUAGAUAUUGUUUUUUGUACAUAGUCAAGAUUUAUUGAGCAUAUACCAUCAAAUGACUUCAUUACGGUUAUUUUGUCCUGUUUCAUUCAAUUAAAACGUGUUCCAUAAAUGGUUGUGGUAUAUUUCUACGCAGGGUCUGUUCCACAGAACAGAUAGUCGUCGUUUGAAGGAAAGUCUUGUCCGUACAUUUAUAAACAGUUUUACUUCAACGGUUGGAUUUUUGUGUAAUCGGCGCAGAAACAUUUCUCCCAUCCUAAACCGGCCCCUGUAUAACAUAUGCUUUUAUUGUGAAGAUGUUUAAUCCGUCGUAAUUGCACAGACAGUCACUAUGUUUAGAAAGUCAUGUAUUUUUCUGCACACUUUGUCGUCCUUCAAAAGAUUUAUCCACAUUUCGUCUGUCCCCCCCCCCGCCAUUCUAAUCUGUUUUAUUGUAUUGUUCUGGUCGCAUCUACUCCCAUCACGCAAAUAAAAAUGAAAUUAAAUGUCAUUGUUGGUGUUCAUAAAUUUAUCAUAUCUGUGAUCAGAAUUGUUUUAUCUUCCAUGUUGUGUGCAUUCUGUCCGAUAAACUAAAUAAAUUGUAUAGAAUUA